AUGGACAGAAGUCAAAUGGACAACUCCACUAUCAGCUACAACACUUCAGAUGGCCAUCUGGUCACACAUAGCCUGUGGGAGAUCGUCGCUAUUGCGACGGUCUCAGGUAUAGUAAGCCUGAUCACGAUAACUGGAAAUGUUCUAGUGAUGUUGUCCUUCAAGGUAAAUGGUCAACUGAAAACUGUUAAUAACUACUAUUUACUAAGCCUGGCUUUUGCUGACCUUAUCAUCGGUAUGUUUUCCAUGAAUUUAUACACUUCCUAUAUACUUAUGGGCUACUGGUCACUGGGUAGCCUUGCAUGUGACAUCUGGUUGGCUAUGGACUAUGUGGUCAGCAAUGCCUCAGUUAUGAACUUGCUCGUAAUUAGCUUUGAUCGUUACUUCUCCGUUACAAGACCUCUGACCUAUAGAGCUAAGCGAACACCAAAGCGUGCUGGGAUCAUGAUUGGACUGGCUUGGCUUGUGUCCUUCAUUCUGUGGGCACCUCCAAUUUUGUGCUGGCAGUAUUUUGUAGGCAAAAGAACAGUACCUGAGAGACAAUGCCAAAUCCAGUUCUUCUCAGAACCAGUGAUAACUUUUAGCACAGCAACUGCAGCAUUUUAUAUCCCAGUUUCUGUCAUGACCAUCUUGUACUGUAGGAUUUAUAAAGAGACAGAAAAGCGUACUAAAGGCCUGGCAGAACUCCAGGAAGUCAACCGUUCUACAGAUUCUGACAUUAAAAAUCAGUCUCAGCUGCCCAUAACUAGGUCCUGCUUCAGUACCACCUGCAGAAGGCAGAAGCAGGUAUCCUGGGCAUCCUCCAGCCAUAACAACACUUCUAAAUCUGCCACCACCUUCAAUGACAAGUGGUCUAAAGCUGACCACCUUACCACAUUCACCAGCUAUGCAUCAUCUGAAGAAGAACAAUGUGCUCCUGGAGUCCUGGUGGUCUACAGGAACCAUGCUUGCAGGGAGAACAAUAUAGUCCUGUCCAGUAAUGCCAAUAAUGGUGAGAAAGAGAAUUUCUUCCUAUCGUCAGGCAAAAACAACUCCCAAACGUGCAAGAAGUCCGAGUCCAUGAGCAUGCAAUCCACAGCCUCGUCCUCUAAACCUAACAACCCAAUGAUGAAGAGCCAGAUAAGCAAGCGCAAGAGGAUGGUCCUGAUCAAAGAAAGAAAGGCAGCACAGACUCUUAGUGCUAUUCUCCUGGCCUUCAUCCUCACAUGGACACCUUACAACAUCAUGGUGCUUAUCUCCACCUUCUGUUCAGAUUGUAUACCAUUGCCUCUAUGGCACCUGGGCUAUUGGUUAUGCUACGUCAAUAGCACUGUCAACCCAAUGUGCUAUGCUCUCUGCAACAAAACCUUUCAAAAAACCUUCCGGAUGCUUCUCCUAUGCCAGUGGAAGAUGAGGCUGGAGGAUAAACUUUAUUAA